AUGUCUUCAGACUCUGUUUCUGUUUCUCCCUCUCCUCUCCCGAGGAGCCGCCGCGAAGGUGGGCUCUCUCGAAUUCCUCGUGUGAGACCUUCCCACUCUCACACCUCCAACGCGGCAAAUGAGGGCCCUGCGGUGCCUUCGCCCCGCAGCAACAUCCCUGUCCCUUCGGGCAGAUCAAGUGCUUCGGCACAGAGGUCUCCCGAAAGGGUAUCAGCUAGCUCGCCGGUGGGCACAAUCCGGUACAUCGAGGCCUCUCAGGGACGCCGAGUCUUCCAGGGCACCAUGCAGCCGGAGCUUGCUGCUGGACUGCCGACAACUGUCGAAGAGCCCAGCAUCCAUGACAGCCUCGAAGACCCGGACAGCUCGGAGUCUGCUUAUGACGGGGAUUCGAACACCCUGCGGCAGCGCCAUGAGCCUGCUAUGUACGUCUCGUUGGCUGCAAGCCGAUACAUCAUGGGCAGCGAGUCUUCCUCCUCGGCCAAUCGAGCUCUCACCCGUCGGACGAGCACCACCUUCUACCCCCGCGCCCUGGAGCGCAACAGCAUGGCAAGUGACGGCGCCAAUUACGACUCCUUCCCCUCUUCCAGCUCAGAGGAACUGCAUGCUCAGGGAGCCGACAAUCAAUCCCAGCCCCCGACCAUGGAAAGCCCUUUCCCUCCCUUGUUGGUUUCUAUGCCCGACGAGCCCACCGCCAUCACGUUCGAAGAAAUUGUCACGCGACACCCCGAGGUCGCGAACACGGUGAUCCAGACGGGCGUGGUGCGAGUGACGGACCAGCGACGAACCUUGGGGGUCAUGGAUGGCCUGCGCCAGGUGUUCGCACGGAACCGCUCAGAGCGACGGGAUCCGGCAACAUUCGAGACCAUGAAUUCCCGUGCCGAGUCACCGGCCUCCCGCGGAUCUCUUUUCACCUUGUUCCGCCAGCCCAGUCGAACGCCGGUCGCCGCCGCAGGCUCGCCUGCGAUCGAAAUCCCAGCGCCCGAGGCCGCCAGCCCGGCUACUACCAUGAUCUCUCCCGCCGCCCCCGUGUUUACCAGCGAGGCGGUGCCGACCACCGAAGCGGUCGCGAAGGACAUGGCUCGCGUGCGGCGAUACCUCGACAUGCUCGCCGAGAAGGCAGCAGUCGGGCCCGAGGAGCAACGGGCGAAGUACCAUCAGGCCUGGACCAGCCUGGCGACCAAGUUCUUCGACGUUGAGAGCCGGGACGCCCGCGACACUGAGGUCCACGCUAUGUACACGCAGAUGCGGGCAGAGAGCACUCUGCACAGACGCGGACUGUUCGUGGAAAUGGCAGGGAGCCUGUCUGCCCUGGGUCUCGAUGAGCCCAGCGAGUGA